AUCGAGAGAGUCGUCGACGACGGAACUCCCAUCAAAAUCCAAAAAAUCUGCAGCAAGCAAGCAUCAUCGUCUCAAAAAAAAAUUCGCAUAGAAACUUUUUCAUUUCGGUCAAAGUUGGAGACAAAUUCUCAGUUAAAAUUGUGUCCAUCAACAAUAUUGUGGACAGGUGCAAGUUUUGGAAGUGCAGGCGCUGCUCCGCAACCAAGAAGCGUUCCAAAUUCCCGUCUUUUGCGAAAGCUAUGAGCGAUAGGAAAGUCAAGAAGGACGAAACAAACAAGGAAAUCAUCAACAUGAGCGAGGCAGCUGGAAUCUUGGACCGAUUCGUCGGCGAUGUUAGCAAAAAAUCGGCCACAAAGCAAAUCCUCAUCGGAGCUGGAAGCGGAUGGGCUACCGGAUACAUCACAAUGAAGGUCGGAAAGAUGGCAGCUAUUGCUGUUGGCGGAGGAAUCAUUCUGCUACAGGUUGCCAACCAGCAAGGCUAUAUUCAGAUCGACUGGAACAAGAUUAACAAAAAGGUCGAUAAGGUGACGGACAAAGUUGAGGAAGCCGUUACCGGACAGGGACCAAGUUGGGCUGACAAGGCCGAACGUUUCGUAGACCGUAAGCUGAAUCAGGCUGAGGAUGCCCUGAAGAAGAAGUCCAAGAAAGCCCACAAAUGGUACACCAAUCUGAUUGGGGACGACACCGGUUGCAAGAUCAACGAUCUGCACAUAUUCGUGUGUGCCUUUGUGGCAGGCGUGGCACUUGGUAUUGGCACUGCCUAAAUCGGGAAUCACGGUGUGGCCUCCGGAGUAGAACUUUUCACAAUCCAGCAACAGCCCUAAGCGAACAACAAUACCGAACGAGUUGCAUGUAAAACUAAUAAGCCCCGGUUUUCGCUGAAUAUGUCGCGAGAAACUGAUCAUUAUUUCAGGCGAAAGGGAAGCACGCUAACCAAAGUCAUCUCUAAUCAUUAUAAUCGGUUAUAGCGAAAGGAACUUGAAUUUUGGAACGAUAAUUUGAAUCUACUGCUUCAUUUGCUGCACGAUCGUCCUCGAACUAAGCUGUGAUUUUGGACAUUGAAUGAAGCAUCUCCUUUUGCUUUGAUUUGUCAGUCUCAUCUCAUUUACUUUAUAUAAAGGAAGCAUCUUGUGUAACUCGAGUCAUUUUAUAGCUUAUGUAUUUUAGUGAGUGCUAAUGUCUCAUAAGUUUAAAUGUAUGAUUAUUAAUUGGAGGUGACCAAUACGCACAUGUUCUUCAUCACAUCAGAGACCAGCAAUAAUUUUGUGAAUACUUUACAAUAACCAUCGAUCUAACUUCAACAAUCUCAAAUUCCAACUGGAAUAGGUACUUAACUAAAUCUUUCACAGCAUUAACAACAUUGCAGACAAACCAGUUUACGAUGCAGUUUAGACGAAAACCACCUCGUUGAACCCCUUUAGCACAUACGAUAAAUAAAAAAUUCGAGUUUAGUUUCUCCUAUCUUGUUCUAAACUAGUUUAAGCGAAAUUAUAUGUUUUGUGUCUCAUUUAAGCAUCACUUUCGAAAAAAAAAAGUUAGAAGCGAUUUAAAGAAGAUAUAUAAUAAACGGAUUUAUUGAGAAA